AUGGCGAAGCGUCACCUGAAGGUGACGGGUGAUCUUGGCCGGGAAUACGACCUGCGCAACACCCAGUCCAUCGAAGAAAGCGUCCGUCACUCCGAUGUCGUCUACAACCUGACGGGCCGCCAAUACCCUACGAAGAACUUCACCUAUGCGGACGUUAACGUUGACGGUGCAGAGCGCAUCGCCGAGGCUGUGGCCAAGUACGAUGUUGACCGAUUCAUCCAUGUUUCUUCCUACAAUGCCCGUCGGGACUCGCCCUCCGAGUACUUUGCUACCAAGGAAAUCGUUCGCAAAAUUUACCCCGAGACGACGAUUGUGCGCCCGGCCCCGAUGUUCGGGUUCGAAGACAACCUCCUCCACAAGCUGGCUAGCAAUUCCAACCUGUUCACGGCCAACCACAUGCAGGAGCGUUUCUGGCCUGUCCACGCGAUCGAUGUCGGCACCGCGCUGGAGCGCAUGCUGCACGACGACUCGACCGUCGGCCAAACGUUCGAGCUGUAUGGCCCGAAGAACUACUCGACCGCGGAGAUCGCCGAGCUGGUCGACCGUGAGAUCAUCAAGCAGCGCCGCCACGUGAACGUGCCCAAGGCACUCCUCAAGCCCAUUGCCUACUACCUGAACAAGUACCUUUGGUGGCACACCAUGUCGGCUGACGAGGUGGAGCGCGAGUUCAUCGAUCAGGAGAUCGACCCGACGGCCAAGACCUUCAAGGAUCUGGGCAUUGAAGAGCCUGCCGACCUGGCCGACCUGACCUUCCACUACUUGGUAUGUACCCUUUUUCUGUUGGUAAGUGAUAUGCUAAUUCCCCUACAGCAAGGUUACCGCAGUGCCUCGUACUACGACCUGCCCCCGGCCACGGAGCGCGAGCAACGCGAGGAGAAGAAGUACCUCCAUGUGCUGGACGACCAGUAG